AUGCUAUACUUAAGGCAGUAUGAAUGCAACACUGGACGGAUCCUUGCAACUGGGAUCAAGAGGAAGGAUGCGCCUUUGUGUAUUAAAACAGCAUUUGCAGCACAGGAUGUAGGAGGGUUCAUGACUGAGGCUCUCCAGGCUCUGAACACUUUAGACAAAGUGCGGAAAAUUGCAAAUGACAUCAGACCACCUAGCAUGAUAGGUCCGCCUCCAGAUCCUCCUCCAGGUCCUCCAGGUCCUCAUGAUCCGCCUCCAGGUCCGCCUCCAGAUCCUCCUCCAUAUGCUCCUCCAGGGUCUCCUCCAGGUCCGUCUCCAGAGCCCUCUCCAGGUCCUCCAAAUCCUCCAGGUCCUCCUCCAGAUCCUCUUCCAGGUCCUCCACAUCCUCCUCCAGAUCCUCCUCCAGGUCCUCCUCUAGGUCCUCUAGGUCCUCCUCUAGGUCCUCCUCUAGGUCCUCCUCUAGGUCCUCCAGGUCCUCCUCCAGCCAGCGGGCUCCCCUCGCUCCCUGCGCUCACCCAGCGCGCGCGCGCACUUCGGCCGCAGAACCGCCAUGAGAAUCCCCGAUCCUCCGGCAGAGCAGCCGAAGGACAGCCCCGCCCUCGGCCGACGGACAACGUCGCCCUCGGACGCCAUCUGCUCGAAGGGCCUCGGCCUCGGUGGCACUCCGACCGGGAGGCCGAAGGAGCGACGAGUUCCUCUCGUUUUCGUUUCUCUGGAAAAUUGAUCGCGAGGAUAAUGGAUAAGUUAAACAAUGUUGAAACUGCAUGA